AUGUACCAGGAGAUCUUCGUGACCGCUUCCGAAAGUGUCUUUGACUACCUCAAAGGUCAGCGAUUUGCGCUUUCCACACCAUUUCUGACGCCUAUUCUGCAGGUCUCACGGCUCCUGUUCGCCCCCGCAACGUGUUCGCCGUCAUCGAGCUGCACCAUUUCAACGACGACGACUAUCCGGACAUUUGGAUGCUGCCCAAGAAAACGGAUUCUGACGAGAAGCCCGAGAAGCCACGCCCCCCGCCACGUGGCGAUUCCAAGCUCACUACCGUCCAGCAUACUGACAAUGCGCUGAAAAACAAGACGUCCGAACCGGCGAUGUCUCUGAGCAGAAUGUCAAAAUCCUGA